AUGGUCUCUUUUAUAGCUUUGUUGAGUUUGGUUCUGAAUAUCUUUGCUAAUGUGUGCCUUGGAGGGAUCACAAGUAGUUUUGUGAGGAAAUUCGAUGAGAGCGAGGAUAUGCCUCUCGACAGUGAUGUCUUCCGUGCGCCUCCUGGCUACAAUGCACCACAACAGGUUCACAUAAUGCAAGGAGACCAUGUUGGAAAAUCCGUGAUCGUGUCAUGGGUGACAAUGUCCGAACCGGGUUCAAACACCAUCUUAUACUGGCUGGAGUCGAACCCCAAGCACAAGCUUAAGGCUAAGGGUACCCUCACCAAGUACAAAUUCUACAACUACACAUCUGGCUACAUCCACCAUUGCACAAUCAAUAACUUGCAGUUCGACACGAAGUACUACUACCAGGUGGGUCUUGGCUAUGGACAAGCAACCAGGAUUUUCUGGUUCAAAACUCCCCCUGAAGUUGGUCCUGAUGGUGAGCCGGAACCAUUUAAGCCUUACACUAGCCGAUAUCCUGUCCCGUAUAAAGCAUCAAACAGUACUUCACCCCUUUGGUACUCAAUCAAGAGGGCUUCCGCACAUAUCAUUGUUUUAUCGUCAUACUCGGCUUUUGGCAAGUACACUCCACAAUACUUGUGGUUAGGAGCCGAGUUUAGAAAAGUGAAUCGAAAAGAAACACCGUGGUUGAUUGUUCUUGUCCACUCGCCAUUUUACAACAGCUACCAAUAUCAUUAUAUGGAAGGUGAGACCAUGAGAGUGUUAUUCGAACCUUGGUUCGUCAAGUACAAAGUCGACAUAGUCUUUGCUGGCCAUGUCCAUGCGUACGAACGAUCUGAGCGCAUAUCAAAUUCUGCAUACAACAUCGUAAACGGAGAGUGCACUCCAGUGAAUGACCAAUCUGCCCCUGUGUACAUAACCAUCGGCGAUGGUGGAAACAUUGAAGGCCUGGCCACCGUCAUGACGGAGCCACAGCCCGAGUAUUCGGCCUUUCGUGAGGCGAGCUUCGGGCACGCGACUUUAGAAAUAAAAAAUAGAAGCCACGCAUUUUACAGCUGGCACCGUAAUGAUGACGGGUACUCUGUGAAAGCCGAUUCUAAGUGGUUUUACAAUCGCUAUUGGAAUCCCAUUGAUGAAACUGUGGCUAGCGCAUGAGUUGUCGAUUUUUUUUUUCGAGGCUCUAUCUUUUUAUAGUGAUGCUUGGAAGUUGAAACUUGACUUUGUUGUAUCAAGUUAGAUAUAAAUAAAUAUGUCUCCAAGCCUUCGAGGGAUGAUCGAAUAAUGUCACAACUAUAUAAUAUAAAUAAAUAAAUUGAUGAUAAUGUAAAUGUAUAUAUAUUUACAAUAUUUUGCUCUCUAGUAGUAUGACAAUAAGCCAAGAUUAUGUAAAUGGUAGAUAGAUAGAUAGAUACAUAGCUAUCUCAAAAAGUCCUAAUGUGCGAUUCUGAAUAUCAG